AUGGCCACACAUGAUCUUUUGGAUGAGAAUCAGAAUGAAUCCAACCACAGCAACCACUUGCAGAGAUCUCCGAUACAUGACCAAUACAAAGACAUUUCCGUCGUGGAACUAGAGGAAGAGAUGAAAAAUUCGAAUUCGGAUCAUCAACAACAAGAACUUGGCGAAGAAGAAGCCUCAUCAUUUCCACCAAACAAUAAUAACAUGGAUGAGCAAGACAACAAUUUCAAGUCGUACGAAUCGCCAUCAGAUUUACGAAAACGAAAAGCCAAAGCAAUAUUGUUUUAUUGGUUACGAGUGUUGAGCGGACCAGUUUUAGCCUUGCCUUUCUUUUGUAAUAUGUUGACUCCACUUGGAGCUACAAUUGCAAUUAAUCGAUGUGCUGGUAUAACCAUAUGGAUUGCCACUUAUUGGAUAACUGAACCAGUUCCAAUUGCCAUUACAUCAUUACUUCCUGUAAUAUUAUUCCCUUUAUUGGGUGUUACAAGCGCCAAAAUUAUUACUGAAGCAUACUUUUCAGAGUUAUCUUUUCUAUUUGUUGGAUCUUUUAUGGUUACCAUUGCUUUAGAACGAUGGAAUUUACACCGAAGAUUUUCACUAUUCGUGUUGGGUUUAAUUGGAAUGAGACCGUUUUUAAUAUUAUUAGGAUUUAUGUUGCUUGGUGGAACUCUUUCAAUGUUUUUAUCAAACAGUGCCACUACAGCCAUGCUAUUACCAAUGGCCAAUGCAGUGGUUUCAAGUAUCAAGAAAAAGAACAAUGAAAAUCCUAAUAUAGAAAAGAGAGAAAAAGAGCUAGUUAAAAUUCAGAAAUUUGCUAAAACAUUAUUCCUUUGCAUUCCAUAUGCUUCAUCCAUUAUGGGAAUGUCUACAUUGAUUGGAACACCAACAAAUUUAAUAUUUGUUCACGUGCUAAAUGAAAAGUUUCCAGCUUUACAAACAUCAGAUGAUGAUCCAGUGACUUUUGCAACAUGGUUUUUGUAUGCAUUUCCUCUCUCAUUAACCUUUCUUGUAUUGGUCUAUAUUUAUUUCAGUAUUUUGUUUGUGAGGCCAAUAUCUUUAAAUCAUGAAAGCACAAACACAGUGGAAGAAAAUACUGGACUAAACAAUUAUUCACCAUCCAACUAUCGCAGUACUGCUAACUUAUUAGAAGAAGAUAAAUUGAAUGAAGAAGUGUCGCCUCGUCAAGAAGAGGUUGCCGUUGCUCCAUCGUCAAAAAAGCCCUCCAAUAUCUUUAGAGAGCAAUAUAAGGCUCUCGGAAGAAUUCGAUAUGAAGAAAUAUUACUAACAAUUAUCUUUUUAGUCAUGUGUUUAUUGUGGGUUUCCAGAGACAUUCAAAUUGGCUCUAAUUUGCACAUUGGAUGGAAUAAUUUAGUGUACUGGAUCAGUGGACGGCCAGAAAAAGAAAAAUCUUCACUGUUGAAGUAUGUUGGUGAUGGAACAGUGGCAGUCUUACUUGGAUCCUUACUGUUUUUCAUUCCAUCUUUUAAUCCUCCAUCAGAAAAAGAUCAACACAACAAUGACACCAAUUCCCAACAAAUUCAAUCAACAACAACCUCAAGAAACUCACACACUCCAUUCACAACAGGACGUAUUUUAGAAUGGAAACAAGUCAAAAACGAAAUGCCAUGGGAUAUUAUUUUGCUACUUGGAUGUGGAUUUUCUUUAGCAGCUGCCUAUAACCAAUGCAAAUUUUCUGAUUUUAUUGUCGAUGUAAUUGUUGUAAAAUUGGAUUUAGCAAGCAAGAUUCAUCCCUAUCUCAUGAUGCUUGUCAUUUGUUUUGCAGUGAAUGUGAUCACAGAAUUUUCAAGUAAUGUUGGAACCGCAUCAUUGUUAAUGCCUCUUCUUGCCACUUUAUCCAUCAGAGUAGGUCAGAAUCCUAUUCUCUACAUGGCUCCAGCAACACUGGCUUGUUCCUUAGCGUUUAUGACUCCAAUAGGAACCGUACCUAAUUCACUUGCCUUUGGUUAUGGACAUUUCAAAUUAACAGAUAUGGUCAUGAGUGGAGUGGUGUUAAGUUUACUUGGAGUUGCCUCAGCAGUGUUGGGAACCAUGGCACUGGGAGGAGUAUUGGGUGUUCAUCUCGAUCAAGUUCCUUCAUGGGCGAAUUCCACUUUGACUGCUACAACUACUACAGUAUUUCCAUAA